UUGAAUUUCCUGUUUACCACUUGUUCCACGUAUGGUCUAGCCUAGCAACACAACCAAGCGGUUGGUAUCGUUCAUUUGACAAGGAAGAUAACUGUUUUUUCAUUUAUUCAUGCAGUGGAAUAGUAUUUUAGGCUUAACGCCUUGUCUAUUAUUUUAUUCGGGAAAAUGCAAAGUAAUAUAAAGGCAUGACAUUGAAAAGCGUGACCAGGCCGGUAGUCCUCGAGAUAUCCUGAGUCACUUCUCCGGUUACGGCUAGCUGGCAGGCUGCUUCAGAUUCUUGUCUUUGCUGGGCUGAGAAUUCUGCGUUUCAGAAAUCAGUUAACGUCGGAACACUACAUCGAUGCAGACUGGGACUGUUCCGUUCGAGUUGUACGGUUACCCGUACUUUAACAAGCGCGCAAAAAGCUAACUCAAACUUGUGGAUAUCAGAUUUAUAUUGGCUUGUUGGCUCGGUAGCUAACUUAAGUCAAGCAAACAUUUCUGCAUUCAACGUCAGUCUGUUUAGUUUUGGGCUUGCUAUCUUAGCUAAUCAGCUAGUUAGCUAGCUGGCUAAUUUAUUCUUGUUUGUAGUGGUUGGCUUGCUGGCGACCAACUUUCCGUUGCCCUGAAUUCGGGACGGAUACCCGGCCCCUUCAAGCGGGCGGUAAGGAAGAAAUUGUCUGGGAAGGGAUGGCCUGGUGGGUCUUCCCGACCCCAAGGUGCAGCGGUAUUUGAGGGAGGGCGAGUCCGGAUCGAGCCCACCGCGGCCCUUACAAUGAUGGCCGCGUCACCCUCACCGUCGGGCAGUCUGAAUGCCUCUGGGAUCUCGAGCAAAAGGAGCGAGGAAAUUGCGGAUUUGAUAGAUUUGUUUUCGAGGACUCAGUACAGAGCAAAGGAAGUCACUCCUAGGGUCGAGAAGAUCGAAAAGCGUUGUUUGGAGCUGUUUGGUAGAGACUACAAGUACAGUGUUAUAUAUAAUACCAAUGGCGAAGUCUGCGGACACUAUCCCAGACAGAUUGUGUUCUUGGAGUAUGAGAGCACGGAUCAUCAUAAAUACAGGUUUGAGAGCACAGUGCAGAUUGGUAAGCUGCAGGACCUAGUGAAUCGCAGCAAGAUGGCUCGCUGUAGGGGGAGAUUCGUCUGUCCCGUCAUCCUGUAUUGCGGCAAGCACAUCUGCCGGUCCUCCACCCUGGCUGGCUGGGGGGAGCUGUACGGACGCACUGGCUAUAACUACAUCUUCUCAGUCCACGACAGGACCAAGAAGCAGCAGAAGAGCAGGGGGGGCGCUGACGACACUGUGGGGGAAUCUGCGGGGGUCCCAGAGGACGACGGUGCUGGGAGGAACGGCGACACCCAGCUGUUCGACAAAGUGCGGGGUCUGGACAUCAAGCUGCUACGCUACCUCUCCGUGCGCUACAUCUGUGACCUCAUGGUGGAAAACAAGAAGGUCAAGUUUGGCCUGAAUGUCACUUCCUCUGAGAAGGUGGACAAGGCCCAGCGCUAUGCGGACUUCACCCUGCUCUCCGUGCCUUAUCCAGGCUGUGAAUUCUUUAAGGAUUAUAAAGAUCGAGACUACACAGCGGAAGGCCUGGUCUUCAACUGGAACCAGGACUUUGUGGACGCCCCACUGACAAUCCCUCCUCCCUUUACCAAGAACUUGAACAUUGACUGGAGUGAAUAUCAGUCCUGGGACCUGGUCCAGCAGACGCAGAACUAUCUGAAGCUGCUGAUUCACAUCAUCAACAGUGACGAUGAGAGUGGAUUGCUGGUUCAUUGCAUAUCUGGCUGGGACAGGACCCCCCUCUUCGUCUCUCUCUUGAGACUAUCCCUAUGGGCGGAUGGAGCUGUCCAUGCCAGCUUGGAGCCUGCCGAAAUCCUCUACCUAACUAUCGCCUACGACUGGUUCCUCUUCGGACAUAUGCUGCCAGAUAGACUAAGUAAAGGAGAGGAGAUUUUCUUUUUUUGCUUCAAUUUUUUGAAGCACAUAGUCUCUGAGAACUUCUCGUCUGUGAAGAGGCAGCGACGGAAGAACUCCCAGUUCAAAGACUGCCAAUUCACAGUCGAGGACCUCUGUCUUAUGAAGCCCAUUCACAGAGGCAGCGUGACCAGCCUGAGCAGCGACUUCUCCCUGAUCACGGAGGACGCGGUCGCAGCCUGCAGCUUCAGCAGCGAGGCCACGGAUCCACUGUCCUGCAGCCUGCAGGGGCCCUGGAGGAAGGCCAGGACGUCCUCUCCGCAGAUGGUGGUGUGGAACAAGGCCCCGCCCACUGAGGAGCGCCUGCUCCACCCCCUCACCGACGCCAAGUCCUCCAGCUCCUCCUCCUCCAACCAAUCAGAGCAGGGCUUCUCCCGCACGGGCAGCAGCCCGCUGGCUGUGCCGGGCCGAGGGUCGGUGGGGGAGUAUGCGCGGUCUGGCUCCUCCAUGUCCACGGAGUACGGCAGCUGGCAGAUCGUUUCGGGCUGCGGCAGCAUCCACGACCCCGCCCCGCCCCCCGCUGACUCGCCCCUGCCCAGCUUCCAGGACGAGGGACCUGCCGCCCACAUGGCGUCCGGGCCUCUGGAGCGGCAGGUGCGGCUGGAGGCGGUGCGGGAGGUGUUCCUGGCGGCCUACAGCUCCACGGUGGGGCUCAAGUCCUCCGCGCCCAGCCCCUCCGGCGCCAUCUCCGGCCUGCUGGAGCAGUUCGCCCGCGGGGUGGGCCUGCGCGGCACCAACUCCAUCGUCUGACCGCCGCCCCUUCCCACGCCCCGCGGCCUCCAUCCCAGAACUUCCUGCACACAGCCCCCCCCCCCCCCUGUGUGAGCCUUCCCCACGCUGCCCCCUUCUGGACUGAGCGGAAGCCGCGGUGUACCUGCGCCCGAAUGCUCUGCGACAAAGUGCCAAUCACCCAGGGGCCCCCGUUUCCUAGCUGUUUUUUUUUAAUGCCAAAUGUGACGGUAGUACUGGCAAUGUUUUUGUUUAAUGUUUACGCUGGUCUGACUUUUUUUUAACCGAAGUGUGUGUGUGUAUGUGCUGGAGCGGUGGGGAGAGCGAGCGGGUCAGUCAGCCAGUCAGCCUGAAGGCCUGAAAAGGGAAAGGCAUGUUUAGAACAAAAUCACACAUGUUUGUAUAAGAUAAAGAUAUUUGUCAAGAGUGAAAUAAACCAAGGCAAAGGAAGCAGCUCGGUCGCUAACAACAGGAUCAAUGUUUCUUUUCUUUUUUUUCUUUUUUUUUUGUUGAUAUUUCAAAUUGAUGGGCUUCCUUCAUAUAGAACACAGAACCUCUCCUUAGUUCGGUCAAAAAGAAAACAAGCUGCUAAUAGGACCGAGCUUAAGGAGGGAGAACUGUGUUCUGACCGUCAAUCCUCGGUUCAGUAAGCUUGAGGUAGGCGAACGGCAUUAAACAUGUGAACGGCUUUGGUGCACAGCUGGAAUGGGGGCUUCCUCACUGUAGCAAGCACAAACCUGUAUCCAGUCACCUUUUAUACGUUUGGUCAAUCCCUGUUUGAACAUGACAAAUCUCAGUGAUAUGCCCUUAUAUGUGGAAACGGUAAUAGCAGGUUGGUGCCACAGGUUGAGCACACGACGUCUCACCCUCUUUAAUCUGUAGUUAUUUGUACUUUCAGCCACUAACGGCCUUAUUGAAAUGUUUAUUUUUUAUUCUGUACUGACAUCAGUCAAUGGUUUUUAAGCAGUAUGAUUCCUGUCAUAAUACCACUUCUCCCUGUAUGAUUUUCUCUUGUUUGAUGUUGGUUUUCUUUGCCCUGCACUCAGGAUUAAAGCCUGACUUUAGGCGGACGGUGAAGCCAGGCCGUCUGAAUUUACGCGGACGCCCGAUUAAGAAGUCUGCCUACGCUUAGUUUUCGUGACGUCACGUUUGUGAUGGCUUGUUCAUACCUCUGCACCAUUUGCAGUGCCUUUUUUAGCGACAGUGAAAUUUAAGUUUCUUUUCGAGUUUUUCCUUAUUUUAUUUAAUUUUUUUCCUGUCUAUAUUUCCUUCAGGUUUUAGACAUUCAUCAUGAGGCCUAAUCUUGAAACUUGCCUGUAAUUUAAACGGUUGGGUGUGAGACGAGUUUUUAAAACGAUUCAGUCAUGGGUUAAUUAUUUAAUUCGCCUCGUGUUGUCUCUUACAUUGUCUUUAGAUGAACAACAUUGAUUAAGCAGUUUUCUUUAAAAUCGUUUAUCAAGUAAGAUUGUAUUCACUCCCAUUGCACAAUAUUGACGUGCACAAUAUUUUUCAUUUACAUUAGUUGAACAAAGUACAUAAGAGAACAUUGGACAACUCCCAUGGCAGUGCAGUGCAUUGCAGCCAGGAUAAUGAAGUAGAAUUUGAGUAGAACGGACUUCUUUGGCUUCCACAGUUUAUGAGUCAGUUUUGGACAUUUGGCUCUUGUCAUUUUUAUCUUUUGUCACAUCCCUGUCCGUUCGAAUGAGAACGGCAGCCCAAUAUAUCUGCUGGCCGCGAGUGAAGACAAAAGAUCCGAUUCUGCUUUCAAUUCACCUUCGGGAAAGCAUUGUUUUCUCUCUCUCACUUAAUUUAAUCAGAACCAGUGCUAGUUGUCUUACCAUCUCACGCUUUCGUUUGUGUCUGGGCAGUAGAACGGGAGCGGGGUAUGCUCAAGGUCGUGUGGUUACCGGGUCAUUUUGGGAAAAGGAAAUCUUUCCAUGCAAGACUGGUUUCCUCGUUAUACUGUGUGACACUGCAAUAGUGUAGCAAAUGCGAGUGGAGCCCAGUUUAUGCGUGCACAUCGGGGCACGUUGCCCUAACCAUUGCCAGUGUUUCGUCACAGACACGGGACAUAAAGCACUUACUGAUGUCAUGUUUUUAUAAUUAUUUUGCAUGUUUUGUCCCCGCUGAAAUGAAACUUUUAAAGGCUUAUAUAUUAAAUGAAAAGCAUUACUCAGAAGCGCUUGGCGAGAUGAUGAAAGAAGGCAUUUUAAGAUGGAAUGUUUUAUGAUUCUUUUCUCUUAAUGCUGAAAAACUGCGUUGCACUCAUCGUUCUUACAUUCACGUUAUGUAUAAAGUGUGACAUGUUUAUUUUCCUUUGUACAGUAAAUGGUUUUUAAGUAUGGUAAUUUUAUUGAUUCUUUAUCGAAAUUCCUCUUCACUGUUGUCAGGGAUAAGUAGUUUGUUGGUGGAGAACGCUUGAUAAGAUUGUAGAUGAAAUUUCAAAAUAAAAGUUAAAAAGUAAACAACAUAAA